AUGGCUACCCAGAAGCCCAGACAAACCCUCCAUCGGCCAACUCCCCGAGAAGAAACCCAUGGAAGAUGUUUAGAGGAUUCAUGGAUAGAUCUACCCCCCGAAACCCCCACUCAAUCCCUAGCACGGAGACUCAUCGAAGUCCUACCUCUCUCCCCUGAACUCCUCCAAAAGAUCGACUACACCCUCCUAGAUACUCCAGAAGGCCAUCGCCAAUUCCUCGAGCGCGAACGCAAGGCUGUGGAAGCAGAAGAUAAACUCUACCGCGAAGCGAUAGAGCACGAGAUCGAGCAGAAUAGACUUAAUUUUGAGUACAGAUUCCGCAAAGGCGGACCUUGGUUGGAAGAGGAUAAUUAUCCUUAUCCUAUUCGGCAGCGCCGAGAUAGCAAGAGUAUGAUUGGAAACCUGGUGGGCUUCUUUGAGAAUAAAGACAGAGACAGGAAAUAG